AUGGCGACCGACGGCUCAGACCCCAUUCCUCCUCACAAGACGUUCGACACUAUCCUCGUGCUCGACUUUGGCUCGCAAUACACUCAUCUCAUCACACGACGACUUCGCGAGCUCAAUGUCUACUCAGAGAUGCUUCCAUGCAACACCAAGCUUGCCGACCUUCCUUUCACACCCAAAGGUAUCAUCCUUUCCGGUGGCCCGUACUCUGUCUACGAAGAGGGCGCACCACACGUCGAUCACGCAGUCUUCGACCUCGGCGUACCAAUUCUCGGAAUAUGCUAUGGUCUGCAAGAGAUGGCAUGGCACUUUGGCAAGAAUGCCGGUGUUGCUGCUGGCGAGAAGAGGGAAUACGGACACGCCAACCUGAAGGUUGAGAGCCAUGGCGGACACAUGGACGAGCUGUUCAAGGACGUGGGCAAUGAGCUCGAGGUGUGGAUGAGUCACGGCGACAAGCUCUCCAACAUGCCUGAGAAUUUCACCACGGUUGCGACGACUACGAAUGCGCCAUUUGCGGGCAUUGCGCACAAGGAGAAGAAGUAUUACGGUAUCCAGUUCCACCCAGAGGUGACGCACACGAAGAUGGGCAAGACUGUGCUCAAGAACUUUGCUGUCGACAUUUGCCAGUCGACGACGGACUGGACCAUGGGCAAGUUUGUCGACCAGGAGAUUACGCGCAUCAGGAAGUUGGUUGGCGAGAAGGGACAAGUCAUCGGCGCCGUCAGCGGUGGUGUCGACUCCACUGUCGCAGCCAAGCUGAUGAAGGAGGCCAUUGGCGACCGCUUCCACGCCGUCAUGGUCGACAAUGGUGUGCUCCGCCUCAACGAGGCCAAGCAGGUCAAGGAGACACUCGAGAAGGGCCUCGGCAUCAACCUCACAGUCAUCGACGCGUCCGACAUGUUCCUCGACCGGCUCAAGGGCAUCACCGAUAACCCAGAGCAGAAGCGCAAGGUCAUCGGCAACACCUUCAUUGAGAUCUUCCAGGAAAAGGCCAAGGAGAUUGCGGCUGCGGCUAAAAACUCCAGCAAUGCUGGUGAAAUUGAGUGGUUGCUCCAAGGAACUCUGUACCCAGAUGUCAUCGAGUCGUUGUCCUUCAAGGGUCCUUCGCAAACUAUCAAGACCCACCACAAUGUCGGUGGUCUGCCAGCCAACAUGAACCUCAAGCUCAUCGAGCCUCUCCGCGAGCUCUUCAAGGACGAGGUCCGCGCCCUCGGUGUCGAGCUCGGUAUUCCAGAGGACCUUGUGUGGCGCCACCCCUUCCCCGGCCCAGGCAUCGCCAUCCGUAUUCUCGGAGAAGUCACUCGCGAGCAGGUCCGCAUCGCUCGUGAAGCCGACUACAUCUUCAUCGAGGAGAUCAAGGCCGCGGGUCUGUACCGAAACAUUAGUCAGGCGUUUGCGGCGCUGUUGCCCGUCAAGGCAGUUGGUGUUAUGGGUGACAAGCGCGUGCACGACCAGGUUAUUGCUCUGAGGGCGGUUGAGACUACUGAUUUCAUGACUGCGGAUUGGUAUCCAUUUGAUGGCGAGUUCUUGAAGAGGGUCAGCAGGAGAAUUGUGAAUGAGGUUAAUGGAGUUUGCAGGGUGGUUUAUGACAUUACUAGUAAGCCUCCUGGCACGAUCGAGAUGGAGUAG